AGGAAAUUGAACUCGACAAUCCGACGGACAGGAAGGUGUCCAUUGGUGCGGAUCUAGAGCCGGAAAUCAGGGCAGGGGUCAUAGCCAUCCUCCGGAGGUUCAGGAUCUUGUUCGCCAGAGGGCCGGGGGACAUGCCGGGCAUCGACCCCAACCUCAUAUGCCAUAAACUCGCCGUGCGGCCGGAUGCCAAGCCUAUACAACAGAAGAAGAGAUAUAUGGCGGCCGACCGACGCGAUUUCAUCAGGAAGGAAACAGCAACUCUCCUCAGCAUCAAACAUAUCCGGCCAGUCAUCCACGUGGAGUGGUUGGCCAACGUGGUUCUAGCCCCGAAGGGCGACACUUGGCGGAUGUGCGUCGAUUACUCGGACCUCAACAAAGCUUGUCCGAUGGACCCUUACCCUGUCCCGAGGAUCGACCUGCUGGUGGAUGAGACAGCAGGCUGCGAGCUGCUCAGCUUCAUGGACGCAUUCAGGGGCUACCAUCAGGUGUUCAUGCACCCCGAUGAUGCCGAAAAAACGGCGUUCGUUACGGCGGACGGCGUGUACUGCUACAUCGUCAUGCCUUUCGGCCUGAGGAACGCCAUGGCUACUUUUCAGAGGAUGAUUGGGAUGUUGUUCAAGGACGUACUUGGAAAGACAAUGGAAGCUUACGUGGAUGACAUCCUGAUCAAAAGCAAGAAAAAGGAGGACCACGUCCAGGACAUGGAGAGGGUCUUCAGCAUCAUGGAGAAGGCCAGCAUGAGGCUCAAUCCGAAGAAGUGCGCCUUCGCCGUCAGGGGCGGCAAGUUCCUCGGCUACAUGAUGAGCGAGCGGGGGAUCGAGCCUAACCCGGAGAAGGUGAAGGCGAUUAUGGACAUGGAGGCCCCAAAGAACCUAAAAGACGUGCAGCGGCUCACCGGGCGUCUGGCGGCCCUGAGCAGAUUCUUAUCCAAGUUGGCUGAUAAGGCGAUCCCCUUUUUUCAGAUCAUGAAGAAGGCCAAUCCCUUUCAAUGGACCCCGGAGUGCCAAACUGCUUUCGAGGAUUUCAAGGUAUAUCUCUCCUCUCCGCUCGUCCUCACCAAGGCAGACCCCGGGGAGAGAUUAUACAUGUACUUGGCAGUAGCCGAUCUGGCCGUAAGUGCCGCGCUGCUGAAGGAAUCUGAAGGCGUUCAGCGGCCAAUAUACUUUGUAAGUAAGGCGCUGAACGGUCCCGAGACGAGGUACACACUGAUGGAAAAGACGAUCCUCGCCUUGAUUGCAUCCAUCAAGCGCCUGGCACCGUAUUUCCA